AUGUCCGAGAAAGCAGAGAAGGCCAAGCCGUGGACCGACACUGAGAAGAUGGGUCUCGUCUUCCAGAUCCUCGAGAAGUUCGGCACGAUCCCAUGGGACGACAUCACGUUGCCCGAGGGUCGUACCAAGAAGGCCUGCGUCGUCAUGAUCGACAAGGAGAAGCAGAAGGUCAAGAAGGCUCGUGGUGAAGGGUCUGAGGCUGGGGCGACGCCGAAGAAGCGCAAGGCGGAGGGCGAGGCUACCCCCAAGAAGGCUUCCCCGAAGAAGAAGGCUACCAAGUGGGACCAGAAGGCUGUCUCUGCUGAUGACGAUGAGGCUGGGUCCGAGGUCAAGGCCACGCCGGAGGUCAAGGCGGAGGAGGAGGGCGAUGAUGUGGCCUAG